CCAUGGGUUCCAGUCCGUGGGGUUUUGGCGUUGCACCACCGUGUCCAUGCUACUCUCUCUGACCGCUGUGACUGUAGAGUAGAAAUGUGACGUUAGGGCCCAUUAACUAAAUAAUUUAGGGACGUUUUAAUCGAAGCAAUGGCUCGGGUUGUGAAAGUAUUCCGGACUUUGCGCAAUCACUGGAAGAAGUCCACGUUUGCCGUGUGCGUCCUCUCUUAUGGUGGCUACUGGCUCUAUGGUAAACACUGUGACAGUGUUUUACGGAAAGAAGCCUGUCUAAUAGCCAAGGAAUUCGGCCGUCAGCAGAUAGCCCCACAGGAGCGGCUGAGGAAAGCUACAGUGAUCCUGAACCCUGCAGCUUGUAGUGGAAAAGCAAACAACCUGUUUGAGAAAAAUGCUGCUCCAAUCUUACACCUGGCUGGUGUAGAUAUUACAGUAGUAAAGACAGACUAUGAAGGCCAGGCAAAGAAGCUGAUGGAGUUCAUGGAACAGACUGACAUGCUGAUCGUGGCCGGUGGGGAUGGCACCUUGCAGGAGGUCAUCACAGGUUUACUGCGAAGGCCUGAUCAUGACAUAUUCAGUAAUACACCUAUUGGGUUCAUUCCUCUAGGUUCUCUUAAUUCCUUGAGUCCAAGUCUUCACCUCGUAAGUGACAACAAAGUCAGGGAUAUCUCAUCAGCAACACUGUCCAUUCUGAAGGGGGAGACUGUACCACUGGAUGUCCUACAAAUUAAGAGUGAGAAAGACCAGCCAGUCUUUUCACUGAUAGGACUACGUUGGGGUGCUUUUAGAGAUGUGGCUGGAACAAUCAGCAAAUAUUGGUUCCUCGGACCACUGAAGACAAAUGCUGCACAUUGGUUCAAGACUUUAAAGGAGUGGCCCCUGGUCCAGGAAAUUUCAGUGUCCUACUUAGCUCCCACUCUACGGCCCCCUGACCUGCCUCCUCACAAGCCCCUGAGGCCAAAUCUCUUUUAUCGCAUCAUCCGCAGACUUAAAAACUACUGGGACCCUCCUGUUGAAGAGCCCCCGAAAGCUGAAGAGCCAGAGAAGUGGGAGGAGAAGCAGCUGUCGACUAUAGAGCUGUUUAUUCAAACACACAACAAAAACCCAGUAGAGAGGCGCUUAAAUGAUUCCCUGAUGAUCCGUGCAGAGCCUCAUAAUUUAACUGUGGGCGAGUUCGUCACUGUCGGUAAUAAAAAACUGAAGGACCCAACGGAGUUCACCAAAAACUCCACAACACUGGAAGCCAGUGCCUGCCAGUUAAAGCUGCCAGAGGGCUCCAGCGGCUUCUACAAUAUUGACAAUGAGGAGUAUGAGGCCAUGCCUGUGGAGGUGAGGCUGUUGCCACGGAAACUCCGCUUCUUCAUCAGUGCAGAGCGCAGACAGCAGCUGCAGUCACAGACGUAGUGAUGAGGACAGAACCGGAAAAGACAACAAGAAGCAUCUCAAAAACAUUUUAAAGAGCAUAACGAAAGGACCAGACAUCAAAUCCUGCUAAUUUUGUAAAUUGAUGUCUGCUAAUACACCUGUAUAAAGCUGACCGAGUAGUAUGAAUAACUACAUAUCAAGAGUAUGUAAUUUGAACAGUUUCAAAGAUUAUUGCCUAAAAAGGACCAAUACUUUGUGUUUUUCUAACUAACUUAUUCACAGGUUGUCUUACAUCUGGACUUCAUCAGGUGGUUUACUUUAGCUAUCUUGUUUCAUCUUGGUCAAUAAAAAUGAAUAAUACAG